AUGACAAAUACACCUAAUGGUGAAUCUUCCGAAGAAGAACAUAAGUUCACUCUUUUACAACAUGAUUUAGAAAAAAUUGUUAAAGAAAAUUCACAAAAUAAUGAGAUAUCAUACAGCAAAGAAGAAUUUAUAGCCAUAGUGAAUCGACACCGAGAGCUGAUAAGAUGUGUAAAAUUAUUAGAUGGAAUAUAUUCUAAAUCCACUUUGUUCAGUGUCGCCACGAGCUCUGUUAUAAUUUGCGCUUCAGGAUUCAAUCUAAAGGUUUUAGAUGACCACGUAUUAGGCGUUCCUUUUGUCGCUGUUUUGAUUUUUGGAAUGUCGCAAGUAAAUCUACACUGUUAUUAUGGUGACUACGUUAUGAGAUCUGUAUGUAAUAUUUUUAUUAAAAUCACAGAUUUAUAA